GGAUGUUGGAAGAGUGAAAGAGGGAAGUAGUCACUGGUGGACAGUAGUUUACAGUAUCGUUGCAUUUCGGACAUAUUACACCUCCUGCUAAUGAAUAAUAACCCGGUUAUUUCUUCUUGGAGCACUCUGACAGGAUGGCAUCGCAGGGGGGGGAGGAGCCUCGUCCAAACGGAGGUCAAUCUGAUAGCCGUCUAAAGAGCAAGAAGCCGCCCAGUCUUGUAAUAGCCAUCCCUCCACCUGAGGAGAUGAUGUCCCACGACCCAGCAAAACAGCCACUACGACCGUCCCUAAAACAAAGCGCGAGUGGUCAAGCAACCGGUUCUGUGUCAGAGAGCAUCAGUGGAGCCAGAGAUGGAGCAGGAGAUGGAGGCUUCUCGUUCAGAGACAGAAGGGCAAAGUUUGGAAGACAAACGUCGCUCUCGCAAAGCAUCCGCAGAAAUACAGCCCAGUGGUUUGGGGUGGGUGAAGACUGUGAGACCAAGCAGCAGGUAUGGCACAGGAAGAGCCUGCGCCACUGCAGCCAGCGCUAUGGCAAGCUGAAGGCCCAGUAUAGAGAGUCUGAGACAGCCACCAGCAUUGACCAGGGCCUGGACUCACCAGCCACACACAAGAUGCCCAAGAUUGUUGAUCCCCUGGCACGGGGGCGAGCCUUCCGUUGCCCAGAUGAGGUGGACAGUCGCUCCCCCAGGACGCCCUACGCCACUCCUGUCACCCCGGGUGUCACCUCACUCAGCUCCUUCACCAGUCAGCGCUCCGGGUAUAGCCGCUUCCCCAGGCGUAAGAGGGAGUCUGUCGCCCGCAUGAGCAUCCGAGCUGCAUCCAACUUGCUGAAGGGUCGUAGCGGCUUGGCAGGCUCCCAGACAGGUCGCAGUUUCCCCAAGAGGAGCUUCAUCAGGCCCAGUUGGAUGGACGAAGACACCGUGGACUCCGCAGACACGUCCGAGUCACUCUUCUUUAGCAAGGUUGAUGCCCAUGAUGAGUUUUACUCUAUGGCUGAUGACGUAUUUGAAUCGCCGCCCAUGUCUGCAACUUUUACUCCCUACGAGCAGCCGGACCAGAAGUUCCCAAGCCUUAAGGACGUAUCUCGAACCCCCAGGACACCAACAACAGGCACCGAAAAGAACCAUCCUCGUCGGGGGGGUCGCAUCGCCUCCAAAGUCAAGCACUUCGCAUUUGACAAACACAAGCGUCAGUACGGCAUGGGCGUUGUGGGGAAGUGGCUGAACCGGCACUAUCGACGCAGCUUAAGCAGCAACAUCCAGAAGCAGCUGGACGACUUCCACAGUCACAGGCCUUACUUUGCCUACUGGAUCACGUUUGUCCAUAUAGUAAUUACUUUGCUGGCCUGCUGUACAUACGGUUUUGCCCCUGUGGGGUUUGCACAACAUUCUACAUCUGAACUGGUGCUGAAGAACAAAGGCAUUUAUGAGAGUGUCAAGUUUAUCCAACAGGAGAACUUCUGGAUUGGUCCGAGUUCUGACGACCUGAUCCAUCUGGGGGCCAAGUUCUCCCCGUGCAUCCGUAAGGACACACAGAUAGUCAAUCUGAUCCAGAAGGCCAAAGACCAGGAGAGAGAGUCCGGCUGCUGCGUUCAGAAUGACAACUCUGGUUGCGUGCAGACCCUCAGAACUGACUGCUCUGAGACGCUGGCCACCUUUAUUAAAUGGAAGAAUGAGCAGGUGGACAUCAGCAGGUCGUCUGGUUCUGUCUGUCACCAGGAUCCCAGAGUGUGUGAAGAGCCUGCCUCUGCAGAGCCUCAUGUAUGGCUGAAUGACAUCACCCUGUGGCCGGUGUGUACGUAUCCUAAGAAGUGGAACCACACAGGCUACAGACACAUGGACUGUAACAUCAAGGGAAGGCCUUGCUGCAUAGGAACUAAGGGCGGAUGUGAAAUCACGACCAGAGAGUAUUGCUCUUUCAUGCAUGGUUACUUCCACGAGGAAGCCACACUCUGCUCACAGAUCCACUGUCUGGAUGACGUGUGCGGCUUGUUGCCCUUCCUCAACCCUGACGUACCUGAUCAGUUCUACCGUUUCUGGCUCUCUCUCUUCCUCCAUGCUGGGCUGUUGCACUGCAUGGUGUCGGUGGUGUUUCAGAUGACCAUACUGAGAGACCUGGAGAAGCUGGCAGGUUGGGUCCGCAUCUCCAUGAUUUAUAUCCUCAGUGGCAUCACUGGAAACAUCGCCUCUGCCUUGUUCCUGCCGUACAGAGCUGAGGUUGGUCCAGCAGGGUCUCAGUUUGGACUACUCGCUUGCCUGUUUGUUGAGCUGUUUCAAGGUUGGCAGAUUCUGGAGAAGCCAUGGAAAGCCUUUCUCAAGCUGUUGGGCAUUGUCCUGUUCCUCUUCCUGUGCGGCCUCCUGCCGUGGAUCGACAACAUCGCCCACAUCUUUGGCUUCCUCAGCGGCAUGCUCCUCUCCUUCGCCUUCCUGCCCUACAUCACGUUCGGGACCUUUGACAAGUAUCGGAAACGUAUCCUCAUUGCUGUCUCAAUGUUGGCCUACAUCGGGCUGUUCUCCUCCCUCAUCGUUUGGUUUUAUAUUUACCCGAUUAACUGGCACUGGCUGGAGCAUCUCACCUGCCUGCCCUUCACGAGCAAGUUCUGUGAAAAGUACGACAUAGACCAUGAAAUUAACGAUGUGGUGCACUAGUGCUCAUGCUACUGACGUGACUGUUCAGGUCAACUCGGUGGCCUUUUAAGAAUUGUGUUUUUUUAUUUUCCACUCAUCGAAGCACUUGAUCAAAGUCCAUGUGAAUGGAUCGGAUCGGUCUGAAUCGGUCUCUUCACCACAGCUUGCUGACUUGCUCACUUGGGUAAAACUUUACUCAGCCUUUUUAAUCCUCAGUCAAGUCUUGCACUACCUAGCAUGUUAAUUUGCUAAUGGGCUGGCAGAUCCUCGGAAUCAGAGGACAGGAAAAGACACUUAGGACGUCAAAACCGUAUAGAGCUGGGUGGGUCUAAGGGAAAAGAUCUACAGAGCGAGAGACUGUCUGGAUCCUUCAGUUCAAAAAAUCUAUCACUUCUGGCCUACAAUCACUUGUCCCUUUAACUCUAUGGACGACUAGCAGUUGAGAUAAACUGGUCGUCCUGUGUCUUGUGGCCUCAGUGAACUGAGAUACAUCAGGUGCCUCCGGCCACUAAGUCAUGUUUUCAGUAACACUGGGUUCAACACUACAAACGUUGUCAUUCAGCUCUCCUGCUUCUAGUUUAUCAGAGUUAAAAACAGUUUUUUUUUUAUCUUUUGCUCUUUUGUAUGUAUGAAAUUGUAUGCUAAAGGUAACAAAGUGUUCCAAGUAUUAACUGUGCAACUGGAAGAGUUAAAGGGAAAUAUAUCAGUGGUCAACUAAGGUAAGAUUUCUAUCUAGAACCACUAGUUGCCUUAAACAGACUAUGCCAUUUUACAAAGAUGCCUCAUUUUACUUUUGCAUACUGCUCGUGAUCUACUUACUGAAUGCUGAUGGUCACAUUUCUGACACCAAACCUACCAAAGCAACAACACCGGCUGCUUCUAUUGUAUAUGCAUGUUGUUCUUCACAAUGACUUUGUUUUCUGUAUGUCACUGCCACGUAAUGUCUCAUAUUUGUCCGCUAACAGAGUGGUGCCUAAACCAUUUUGUAGAUUUACUCUGAAAA